UAAAUAAAAUGAGGGGAAAAUAUUUAAAAGCAAUAAUAGACCAAGGGCUAAUGUGUAACUAACCCUAAAAACACACAAGAAAACAGAACUUCCGCGAAAACCAUGGUCGGAGACUCCGUCUUCCGGCGAAUUAUCAGCUUUCCCGUCUCUUACGCAUUUCGUCGAACACAUAGACCACAUUCUCACAUCCCUAUUUUCUCAUCACAUCUCUUCUUUGCAAAGUUUCCGACUGUUAUCUUUCCGAUGGCGACACGAGACCCGGAGAUCGAAGAAGGUGGCGGAGGUAGCAGCCUCAAGAAGCCGCUACUCCAUACCGGAAGCUGGUACCGUAUGGCCGGUAUGAGCUCCCGACAGUCCAGCAUGUUAGCUUCUUCCGCUCAAAUGCUUCGUGAAUCCGUCUCUAUCUUUCUCUGCGUUUCCAUCGUUGCAUUGGGUCCUAUUCAGUUCGGGUUCACGUGUGGGUAUUCAAACCCUACGCAGGCUGACAUCAUAAUGGAUCUUAAACUUAAAAUUUCGGAGUUCUCAAUGUUUGGUUCUUUGGCAAAUGUGGGCGCUAUGGUGGGUGCGAUAGCAAGUGGUCAGAUCGCGGAAAACAUUGGUCGCAAAGGGUCAUUGAUGAUUGCUGCUAUUCCUAACAUACUUGGAUGGCUUGCUAUUUCAUUUGCUAGAGAUUACUCGUUCUUGUGUAUGGGAAGACUAUUGGAAGGCUUUGGUGUUGGUGUAAUAUCGUACACGGUUCCUGUAUAUAUCGCCGAGAUCUCACCUCAAAACCUAAGAGGGAGCCUCGGAUCUGUGAACCAGCUCUCUGUCACAAUUGGAAUACUCUUGGCUUAUCUUUUGGGACUUUUUCUUCCAUGGAGAGUACUAGCAGUUAUUGGAACUUUGCCAUGCAUUAUUUUAAUACCAGGUCUAUUUUUCAUUCCCGAGUCUCCUCGCUGGUUGGCCAAGAUGGGAUUUAUGGAAGAUUGUGAAACCUCUUUACAAGUUUUAAGGGGAUUUGAUACAGAUAUUUCCACUGAGUUUAAUGAAAUCAAGAGAUCAGUGGCUACAUCCGGAAAACGAGCUACAAUUCGGAUUUCCGAGCUUAAGAGAAGAAGAUUUUGGUACCCUUUAAUGGUUGGAAUAGGAUUACUUCUUCUUCAGCAACUCAGUGGUAUAAAUGGCGUUCUUUUCUACUCUAGUAACAUCUUCAAAUCAGCUGGGAUUUCAUCAAGCAAAGCUGCAACAUUUGGACUUGGUGCAAUUCAGGUUGUUGCUACUGCUAUUACAACUUCCCUAGUCGACAAAAGUGGCCGCAGAGCGCUUCUAUUGCUGUCUUCAUUUCUUAUGGUUGCAAGCAGCCUUCUUGCUUCAAUGAGUUUCUUUUUGAAGCACCUGGUUUCUAAAGAUUCGUCGCUUUACGGCUUCUUGGGAACGUUGGCACUGAUUGGAUUAGUGAUCAUGGUAUCCGGCUUCUCUCUAGGACUUGGACCGAUUCCUUGGGUUAUAAUGUCUGAGAUACUUCCUGUAAAUAUCAAGAGCCUUGCUGGCAGUGUUGCAACACUUUUUAAUUGGUUGGCAGCUUCAAUUGUGACAAUGACAGCACCACUUCUCUUGGACUGGAGCAGUGGAGGAACCUUCCUCAUUUAUGCUGCUGUGUCUACUUUCACUCUAUUUUUUGUGAAAGUAUGGGUUCCGGAAACAAAAGGAAAAACUUUGGAAGAAAUACAAUGGUCCUUCAGAUGACAUUGUUAUGGUCCUUUCACAUGAUCUUUACAGGAAAAGUUAAUACAUAUUUCAAGAACUAUAUGGUGUAUAAACGACACGUUCAUGUCAGCAGCAUUCCCUAUCUUUUAACACGUUUGAUCGUGAGACCCGCAAACAUGUGGCAUGAAGAAAGUUGGGAAAAGAGAUGAAAAAAGUGAUGAGUUGUUGUGUCCAUGAAUACUGAGGAAUGGUUAAUAACUUGAU